AUGACCACCCCCGCCGCAAGCUCAAAAGAUCCAUCAAAACACGACGCGCCUUUCAAAGCGCAGGAUAAGCCCGAACCCAGCGGUAUCCCUAGCGAGACUGGUGCAAAGCACAAGAAGAGGCCGUCUCAAGCCGAAGAACUCCUGCGCCGUGCCAGCGAGGCCAACGUCAAGACCAUGGAAGAUGACUGGGAGGUGGUGCGCACAGAGAAGGUGCAGGAAAAGCAGGGCGAGGUGGAAGAUUGGGUGCUUGUCAAGUGA